UGUUGAAACCAAAGCCAUCUCCACCAUUGUUUCCGUCAUCCGAAAAAAGAUUUGCUCAAACCCUCAUUUAUUUCAGAAGACUUGAGUCAGAAGAAACCAUCACUAAAUCCACCGCUGCUUGGAAUUCAAGGCUUGGAUAAAUUUCUGAAAAUCAAAUGGAAGAAGAUGAUAUAUAUACAAAAGAUGGGACAGUGGAUUACAAGGGAUAUCCAGCUAAUAAGAAGAAAACCGGUACCUGGAAAGCCUGCCCAUAUGUCAUAGGAAAUGAAGCGUGUGAAAGAUUGGCAUACUAUGGGAUGAGCACCAAUUUGGUGCUUUAUUUCAAGCAUCAACUAAACCAGCAAAGCGCGACCGCCACCAAAAACAACCAGAACUGGGGCGGAACGUGUUACAUUACGCCAUUGAUUGGAGCAUUUCUGGCUGACUCUUAUCUAGGAAGAUAUUGGACAAUUGCCUGUUUCUCAAUCAUCUAUAUCAUUGGAAUGACACUUUUAGCAUUGUCUGCUUCAGUCCAUGGAAUGAGGCCAAGAUGUUAUGCGAAAGAUAACUGUGAUCCGACCGAGACACAAAGUGCCAUGACCUUUCUAGCGCUUUACCUGAUAGCACUAGGAACAGGAGGGAUCAAGCCUUGUGUUUCAUCAUACGGUGCCGAUCAAUUCGACGAUGCGGAUGAAAAGGAGAAGAAACACAAGGGUUCUUUCUUCAAUUGGUUCUAUUUUUCCAUAAACAUCGGCGCUCUUAUUGCAGCAUCUGUGCUGGUGUGGAUUCAAACCAAUAAGAGCUGGGGAUGGGGUUUCGGUAUCCCUGCUAUUGCCAUGGCUAUAGCAGUUUGUUUUUUCUUCUCCGGCACUCGUUUAUAUCGGAACCAAAUACCAGGAGGCAGCCCGAUCACGCGUCUCUGUCAGGUUUUGGUGGCAUCCAUCAGCAAAUAUAAUGUUGCAGUACCUGAUGAUAGCUCUCUUUUGUAUGAGACAGCAGAUGCAGAGUCCAAUAUCAAAGGAAGCCGCAAGAUCGAACACACUCGAAAUCUCAGGUUCUUUGACAAAGCAGCAGUGGAAACUCAAACAGAUCGAUUAAAGGGCUCGGUGAAUCCAUGGAGUCUUUGCACCGUCACACAGGUCGAGGAGCUAAAAGCCAUAAUUCGGUUGCUUCCGAUAUGGGCCUCGGGGAUCAUCUUCUCGACAGUUUACAGCCAGAUGGGAAACUUAUUCACGUUGCAAGGUGAAAGAAUGGAUACUCGAGUCGGCCACUCGAACUUCCAUAUCCCACCGGCGUCACUCUCUAUCUUCGACACUUUGAGCGUGAUCUUUUGGGUGCCGGUUUACGAUAGAAUCAUCGUCCCGAUGGCAAGAAGAUUCACCGGCCAUAGAAACGGCCUAACACAACUUCAACGGAUGGGGAUCGGACUCUUCAUAUCAAUAUUCGCCAUGGUAGCAGCAGCCAUCCUCGAGCAAGAAAGGCUGAAAAUAGUGAAAGAACACAACUACUAUUACGUAAAGGAAAUGCCACUGACGAUAUUUUGGCAAGUUCCGCAGUAUUUCCUCAUAGGGUGCGCCGAGGUCUUCACGUUCAUCGGACAAUUGGAGUUUUUCUACGAACAGGCGCCCGAUGCGAUGCGGAGUUUCUGCUCGGCGCUGUCGUUAACGACCGUGGCUCUGGGAAGCUACUUGAGCUCUUUGCUUGUUACCAUUGUUACUAGAGUGACAGCUAAACAUGGGAAGCCGGGGUGGAUACCCGACAACCUUAAUUUCGGUCAUGUUGAUUACUUCUUUUGGCUAUUGGCUGCUCUAAGCGUGGCCAAUUUUGUGGUUUUCCUAGGGAUUGCCAAGUGGUAUACUUAUAAAACUGCCCUGGGUACUCCCUCGGUGCUUUACAAGUAAGCAACACCAAUUUCA